AUGGGAACUGACUGCAUCAGACAAGCAAAAAAUCCUGAGCGAGCAGCCCUGUACUUUGUCUCUGGUGUGUGCAUCGGGCUGGUCCUCACCGUAGCUGCCCUGGUGAUGAGGAUUACUUGCCACACAGACUGCCGGCAGCAUCCCCAGAAGAAGUUCCUGCAGGACCAAGAAAGCAGCAGCAACAGCAGCGACAGCGAGGAUGGCAGCUCCUACGCGGCAUCCGACAUCUCAGUCAGGAGACAUCGUCGCUUCGAGAGGACUUUGAACAAGAACGUCUUCACCUCAGCGGAGGAGCUGGAGCGUGCCCAGCGGCUAGAGGAGGGG